AUGUCUUCCCCUCAGGUCAAUGGUGAUGUGAGCGCUGCUCACUCGGCGUUCCUCCAGCAUCUCCUCAACUACCCCGUCAUUAGCGACGGCGUCCACACUUUCAAGUCCAACGAAUACGGACAGAGGUCUAUCCAGCUCAGCGACGCCGCUUACCAGACCUUUGCCGCUCCUGUUCUUCCCUGGUUCCAAAGGCCCUACCAGUAUGUCUCGCCUUACGUCCAGAAGGUCGACUCCCUCGGCGACAAGACCCUCGACCGCAUCGACGAGAAAUUCCCCGUUGUCAUGAAGCCCACCGAGGAGCUCUACAACGAUACCAAGGGCCUCAUCCUUCUCCCCUACCACAAGGGCCUCGAGGGCCGGGACCACGUCUUUGAAGUGUACAGCUCGGAAUACAAGAAGAACGAGCAACCAGGCCUCGUCGCCCACGGAAAGGCCGCCGUUAUCACUGCGCUUGUCGUUAGCAACGAGACUCUCUCUUGGAUCAGCUCCUUCCUGCACCAGAAGAAGGCCGAGGCAACCAACGCUGUCAACGAAAAGAUCAACCAGUAG